AUGAAGACAGAACAGCAAAUCAUUCUUUUCAUUUGUUUGUUACAAGGUGUUAGGUGUGGAGAUUGGCCCAUCAGUCUGCCAGAGAAGAUUGAAGCUCUGAGUGGAUCCUGUGUGAUCAUAAACUGCACAUUUACUAUUGAUACCAAAUAUGACAAAGAUCUCACUGACAGUGCUGUAGGAGUGUGGUAUAAAAAUGGGACCAAAGACAACAAUAUUGUGUUUAACUCCAGGAACCCCAAUCUCUCUUUUAAAGGGAACAUAACUGGACAAUUAAAAGACAAGGACUGUACUACCAUCUUUUAUAAUGUUUCUUCAAAUAACACAGACAAAUAUACGUUCAGGAUUGAGGGUAAUGGUGGACUGAAAUGGACCUAUGCACAAAAAUCUGUUUCAAUAGCUGUGAUUGCCUCUCCCCCCAAACCCACAGUGCAGAUGUUUAAGGAUCAGAUGAAGGUUGAGGUUCAUGAGGAGGUGUUAGAGGGGAGCUCUAUGUGUCUGCGCUGCUCUGCUAAGACUCUCUGCUCCUCUUCUCCACCAACUCUCACAUGGAGCUCCACUGACAGACUCCACCUCAAUGACAACAGCAGACUACAGCUGGAUCAACAGAAUCAAACUGAGAUCAUCUCUGAUCUAAACUUCACUGCUACUCACCUUCAACAUGGAGGUGCUUUCAAUUGCACUAUAACCUACCAGCUACAGCAGAGGAUCACAACGGCACAGAGAAACAUCACAUUACGUGUUCAGUAUGCACCCAAAAUCUCUCUCUUCAGUUGUAACAGAACUGAUGUAACUGUGUGUUUGUGUGAGGCUCAUGGGAAUCCCUCUCCUAAAGUGAAGUGGUUUCUAUCUGGACGUCCUGUCAGUAACUUUACAAACACAUCUAUCAUUGAGGAGCGAUUGAACAGCACAGACUUCAUCAGGAGCUUCAUUUCUCUCCAUCAGUCACUUACACACACAGACACUCUGCAGUGUGUCACCAUCAACACUCACGGCACUGCCAGUCAUCAGAUCCAACUGCUUUGCAGUCCUCAUGAGAUGACUGAUUUCUCAUCAGGUUUCAGUCUUUUCUCUGUGCUGAUUGGAGCUGCUAUUGGAGCUACAGUGAUGAUGAUCUUGUGUGUCAUUCAACAUCUUUGUAAACGAAAUAAAAACAGCAGAUCCUCAAAGACAAGACGAGAAGAUACCGCUGGACUUAUUCUGACUGACAGGGAGAAUGAAGAACCUGUUUAUGCCAAUAAAGCUGUGAUGUCACCUGCUAAAAAUACUUCAAUGAAUUACCCACAACCCCUUUAUUAUUCCUCCAUUGACUUCACAAACACCCAAAUAGAGUCAGAAGAGAUCAGGGGCGUCUCCUCACUUACUGCUGUUUAUGCUGAUGUCCGACAUUCAGGACAAGAAGAAGCAAAGAGCUCUGUGGGAAGCGUUGAACCCAACAGCAACAUAUCAACAGUUGAGAUAGCAGACAGUAAAGCAAGAGAUCCACAAUUUACCAUCAGUACAGACACUGAGCAAGAUCAGGCAAAGAAAACAGAUUUGCAGUCAGAUGAAGUUUCUGAUGUUUAUGCACAAGUAAAACAUUGCCAUCCAAAGAAUAAAAAUUAGGUCACUUGGCAUUUUAUGCCAUGAUACAUUUUAAAGAGUCUCCAUUUAAAAGAUUUUUAAAGAUAUUUCUACAGAGACUUAGGAUUGUUGUAUCAUAAAAAGUACAUAUAAAGUACAGUUUUAAUUAUAGAUUAAAAUGAAUGCAGAAUGAUUAUGUUUUUGCUUUAAAUGCAUUUGUUUGUAUAAUAUUUUUUCUGUAUUUUUCAUAGUUGAAUUUGAUGAAUUCUAUCUUUGAAUCUAUGAUUAUUAACAUUUGUUAGGGUUAAAAAGUCCCCACAUGAAUAUGCUGAUGUGUCUAAUUAAAGUGUACAUUAAUAGAUAUAAAACACCCUUAGGGAAAAUAACAAUAGCAAGAUUCACAGAAACUGCAAUGUUUAUUUAUUGUUUACCAUAACCUCUAACAGCUUGAUUGUUUUGAUUUACUUAAUUUUUAAAUUGUUAUUUUGUGUGCUCAAUGAUUGUGUGUGUUCAUAAUAUCAAUCUAAAAUUAAAGUGAAGUUUACCUCCUCAUGCUGUACCUUUAUUAACUGUACUGUGACUUGAUCUUUUGCCCAGUAGAGGGCAGUUUUAUGCAUUCAGUGACGAGUUUUCAGUUAACCAGUGAUUCUCAAAUUUUUUGGUGUGCGGCCCCCUCUUGUGUACAGUCCUCCCCUUGUGCCCUUUAUGGU